GUAUUGUAAACUCUAUGGAUUUGAAGUGUGAUGGAUACACGGAACUGUGGUGAUCGUUGGAUUGGGAUUCGGAAAUGUGUUUUGUUUGUGUAGUACUAUUUAACGUAAAUCAGUGUUAAAAUACGUGAAGAAAUCUUUGUUUUGAUGUUUUUUUUUUGUGUUUGGAUGUUAUAAACAUUACCCUAUUCUUACAAUAUAAACAUAUAAUAUAAUGAUACUUUCUUGGUGCUUUUAGUCGAAUAAUUGUCACAACGAAAAUGACAGAAAUUAAGACAGAAACGUCAUCGAAGAACGAACUAAAGAAACUCUCUGAGGAGAGUCUCACGCGCCAACCAGAAGAAGUGUUUGAUAUCAUUUGCAAAUUGGGCGAAGGAUCUUAUGGCAGCGUAUAUAAGGCUUUACAUAAGGAGAGCGGCCAGGUGCUCGCCAUCAAGCAAGUGCCGGUCGACACGGACCUGCAAGAGAUCAUCAAGGAGAUAUCUAUAAUGCAGCAGUGCGACAGUCCCUACGUGGUCAAGUACUACGGCAGCUACUUCAAGAACACAGACCUCUGGAUCGUUAUGGAAUACUGUGGCGCGGGAUCCGUAUCAGACAUAAUGAGGUUACGGAAGAAAACAUUGUCGGAGGACGAAAUAGCGACCAUACUAUGUGACACGCUUAAGGGUCUAGAGUACCUGCAUAGGAGGAGGAAGAUUCAUAGAGACAUCAAGGCGGGGAAUAUUCUGCUCAACACGGAGGGACACGCUAAACUAGCCGACUUCGGCGUCGCGGGACAACUCACCGAUACAAUGGCGAAACGGAAUACAGUGAUCGGAACACCGUUUUGGAUGGCACCCGAGGUGAUUCAGGAGAUCGGCUACGAUUGUGUAGCAGACAUUUGGUCGUUGGGUAUCACCGCUUUAGAAAUGGCGGAGGGCAAGCCGCCGUACGGCGACAUACAUCCUAUGAGAGCCAUCUUUAUGAUACCCACCAAACCGCCGCCUUCAUUCAGAGAACCAGAUCAGUGGUCGUCAGAGUUCAUAGACUUCGUCAGCCAGUGCCUUAUUAAAAAUCCAGACGAGAGGGCAACUGCAGAGUUCCUAUUGAAUCACGAGUUUAUAGGUAAUGCCAAACACCCCACUAUCCUCAGUACGAUGAUAGCAGAAGCUCGUGAGAUCAGGGAAUCGCAAGCAUUCAGAAAUGCACAACAGUCUAACAAUGCUAAGACUUUCGGUGCGGGUGAGGGUUAUGACGAGGAGACUAUGAAGCAGCGGUCGGACGGCACGCUGGUGGCGCGACGGACCGGCUCCGCUGAACUGGCGGCGGAUCUUGGCACUAUGGUCAUCAACGAGCCUGACGCUGACUUGGCCACCAUGAAACGUCACGACACAGACCCCAUGGACACGAACCGUCCUAAGUAUCGGCCACUGUUUCUGGAACACUUUGAGAAGAAGGAAGUGAAUCAUCUCGGACUGACUCCAGCAAACGGUGCCCCUCCACACCCGCCCCCGCCGCCCCUGCACGACAGCACGGAAGACGGCGGCACACUAGUUCGCGCCCUCGUCGAGGAAGGCAACUUCGAAUUCUUGUCGUGUCUCCCCGUGGGCGAGUUGGAGGCGCGCGUUUCCCGCCUCGAUGCCGAGAUGGAGGCGGAGAUAGAACAGCUCCGAGCGCGGUACACACGCAAGCGACAACCGAUACUGGACGCGAUACACCUCAAGCGGAAGCGGCAACAGAACUUCUAGCCCGCGACCCCGCCCUCAUGGACUGCUAGGUAUUCACGCUCAGAGCUAAUGCCUAUAUUGAACUUUGAAACUAUUUAAUGUAGGUAGUUUUAUCUCCGUUUGCAACCACGUUCUUCUGGUUAACGUUAUUUUUUUAAAUAAUAAUUGUCAAGGCACCUGUAAAGGGUAAUGUGACUCGUUCAACGCCUAAUUAAACACGAUCUUUUGCUUCGUCACAUUUAAGUUUUGUACGUGAAAACGUAUACAUUUUUAUAUAAUGAGACAAACAUCAUUUUGUACAUACAGUCGCACACCAGAUUAUGAAUUGCGUAUUAGUGGGAAAAAUGAAAGUUGGCGAGAUAUCUGUAUAAUUUUGGUUACUUUUACUUGAUAUAAAUGAGAAAAAAAAUACAGCUUUUUUUAUAUAUAAUAAAAAUAAUAUUGAUAAUUAUUUUCUCACUCGUCUAUCUGUCUGAAUAUGAUAAAAUAGAUUACUUAUAAACUCUAUUUAUACCUAUUUAUAUCUUUAUGCCUGAUCUCUUUCGCUGUAAGCAGAUUCGGGCGUUACAAGGCAGUCUUUAAACACUUAUCGUUUCUUUGACGUUCUUAACUAUUUUCAUGUAUUUCAUUAUUUUUAUAGUUUCUGACACCACCCUCCUAUAAUGUCUGAUCAAUCUGGUCAUAUAUUAUGUGAGGAUAUGUAUC